CGGGCUCCCCCUGUCGCCGGGCUCCGGAGCUGUGUCUCGGCCCGUGUCCGCGCUGCUCCGCGGGGCCAUGGCCGGGCCCCAGGUGCUGAAGCACCGGCGCACCACGCUGGAGCGGGCCGAGAAGCUCCUCUCCGGGCCCGGCUUCCCCGACUGCAACCUCCGGGGCAGGCUUUUCGGGGACACCUGCCCCCUGGUGUCUCUCUCCUGCUUCCAGACCCCUCAGCGAAUCCCACGUGAUGAAGCUGUCAGACAAGAAUUCAAACCUGUGAAAGUUGGGGACUCCUUUGGACCCACGUGGUGGACCUGCUGGUUUAAAGUGGAGCUUAGCAUCCCCAGAGAAUGGGUGGGGAAGGAAGUGCAUCUCCUGUGGGAAAGCGAUGGGGAAGGGAUGGUGUGGAGGGAUGCGCAGCCGGUUCAGGGUUUGACUAAAGAAGGGGAGAAGACCAGCUAUAUCCUGACAGACAGCCUCAAGGAGGCAGAGCCUCACAGUCUGACUGUCUACGUGGAAGUUGCCUGCAAUGGUCUCUUUGGGGCUGGAAAAGGCAGCCUGAUUGCACCUCCUGACCCUGACAAGAAGUUCACCCUGCACAAGGCGGAGCUUGUGGUCUUCAACAGGGAUGUCCAUGAGCUGCUGGUAGACUUUGAGAUACUAGUGGACAUGGCCAAGUUCCUCGGGGAGGAAAACCAGCGGAGCUUCCAGACACUAUAUGUGGCCAAUCAGAUGGUUAACCUGCUUGAUGUCACAGACUCCUCUACCUUCCCUGCAGUGCGUCACCUCGCUUCUUCCAUCUUUAGGCAGAAGAAUGGCGAGAGCCAGCACUCCAUCCAUGCUAUGGGCCACUGCCACAUUGAUUCUGCCUGGCUGUGGCCAUACGAGGAGUCUAUCCGCAAGUGUGCUCGCAGCUGGGUGACUGUUGUACGCCUGAUGGAGAAGAACCCGGAGUUCACGUUUGUCUGCUCGCAGGCCCAGCAGUUUGAGUGGGUGAGGAACUGGUAUCCUGGGCUGUACGCUCAGAUUCAGGACUAUGCCAAAGAGGGACGGUUCAUACCUGUUGGCGGCACCUGGGUAGAAAUGGACGGGAAUCUUCCCAGUGGCGAAUCAAUGGUGCGUCAGUUCCUGCAGGGACAGCGGUUUUUCCAGCAGCAGUUUGGGAAGCUUUGCUCGGAGUUUUGGUUGCCAGACACUUUUGGAUACUCGGCCCAGCUGCCCCAGGUGAUGCGUGGCUGUGGGAUACGAUGGUUCCUCACUCAGAAACUCAGCUGGAGCCUGGUGAACACCUUCCCGCACAGCACCUUUUUCUGGGAAGGCAUCGACGGCUCCCAAGUUCUGACCCAUUUCCCGCCUGGCAAUUCCUAUGACCUAAAAGGUCGAGUGGAGGAGAUGCUGAAAACCAUGAACAACAACAAAGACAAAGGCCGUGUGAACCACAGCGCUGCUCUCUUUGGGUUUGGAGACGGAGGAGGUGGCCCGACUCAGAAGAUGCUGGACAGGCUGAAGAGAAUGAGAGAUACGGAUGGGCUGCCCAGGGUUCAGAUGUCCACACCUGACCAGUUUUUCUCUAUGCUGGAGAAGGAGAAGACCCAGUUGCUCACCUGGACAGGAGAACUGUUCCUGGAGCUACACAACGGCUCUUAUACCACCCAGGCCCAGAUAAAGAAAGGGAAUCGGGAGUGCGAGCGGAUACUCCAUGAUGCUGAAGUACUGAGUAGUUUUGCUCUGACCCAGAAAAAUACUUUCCAGUAUCCUUCCAUCAAACUGCAGCAUCUCUGGAGGCUGCUGCUCCUGACUCAGUUCCAUGACGUGUUGCCGGGCAGUUGUAUCCAGCUGGUUGUGGAGGAUGCCAUGAGAUACUAUGCAGCGUUGGUCAGACUACGUAGAGCAGUACGUCAGCUCUGAUUCUACCUCUCCCGAACUUCGGGAACACCUGGCCCAGGAGCCGGUUUUCCUGCCAAGGAACCUGAGGCGGAUCCGUAAGUGUCGGCGUGGUCGGGAGCAGCAGGAGAAGGAAGGGAAGGAGGGAAACAGUAAGAAGUCCAUGGAGAAUGUGGAGAGCUUGGACAAGCUGGAGUGUAAAUUCAAACUGAACUCC